AUGGAAGGGAGCGGAACGCCAGCUCGAGGCGCCGUUGUGACGGCUGACCUCGUCGAAGGUUGCUUAAGAUCUGCUCAUGCAGAACCGCACGCGGGCAGCGCUGCUGCAUUGCAGGGUAGCAAUCCCGUAAGCGAGAGAAGGGCGUCUGAAUGUGGAACCACGAGCGCCGUCGAGCUGGUGACAUGUUCUUCGUUGCAACGGAUCGAACGGAUCCUCGAGUUAAAGAAAGUCAUUGAUCGUGCAAAAGCGGAACUAGAGACGGGCUCGCAGGCUUCGGCAUCAGGAGGAUCUAGUCAGGGGGUGACGUCCACUUCCUCUGAAGUGAUGCGGGUUGUGGAUGCGCUGGCGGUCCUUGAUCGCGUAGAGAUGACUCGAGAUGUUCUGGCUAAAACUCGCAUCGGCGUGUCCGUGGGCAAGCUGCGAACGCAUCCAGAUAUGCAAAUUCGUUCAAGGUGCACGCAACUAGUUCAGAAGUGGAAGGCAGGGAUAACCGCGACGAGUUCUUCAGGCAAGGAUAGCGGGGCAGCAACCCGGCCGGGGCAGAAUGGCGGCUGCAGCCGAGGAAACUCACCAGCAUCACCGUCGAAGGCCGGAGCUGCUGUGGAGAAAGAACCCGCGGGAUUGCGAAAGGCAGCAGCCCAGGAUGAUAGCAGCUCGCAAGGUGUCGCUGGUGGGGCCGCCCCGGAAAACCAUUCGACACUGGAGGGCUACCCGGGCCCAGCGUCCGGUGACGCUGUCCGUGAUAGGGCUCGCGGAUUUCUGUGGAGAGCGCUCGUCCAGGGGAUGCAAACAGGGAGAAAUGCGGGAGCAGAUAAGUCCCGCGAAACUGCGCGUGUAGCUGCGGAAGUAGAGAAAGCCUUGUGGCAGGAAUACUGCGUGAAGCGAAAGAGUACCAAGGAAUACAAUAUGCAAUUGAAGACGCUGAAAUGGAAUUUCGCAGAUCAGAAAAACCCUGAUUUGAAUCUCAAGGUUCUCUGCGGCGUUUAUACACCAGAGCAGUUGGCGGUCAUGAGCUCCGCUGAUCUGGCCUCUGACGAGAAGAAACGGAUGCGCGAGCUGCAGAAGAAAGAGAUGAUGGAGGCAUGCCAGUCCGACUGGGAGAUGAAAAAGCUCAUGGAUGGCGGCACCGACGGGGGUCAGUUCCCGUGUUUCAAAUGCCGGACAACGAAAACAGUCUACUUUCAGAUGCAGACUCGGUCGUCGGAUGAGCCAAUGACGACAUUUGUCACGUGCUUGGAGUGCGGCAACCGAUGGAAGUUCUGA